GUGAACCUCCCCAUGCCCACGGAUUUGCGAUGACGUAGAGACAACAAACAGUUGUUGGACUUGAGUAAGCUAAUGCUAGCUAGCACACGGACGAGGAGAUAAAACAGCAUAUUUGCAUUCAAGCACUUCUCGGGGGGAACGUCAAUAAACGGCACGUCUUUGUUUUACAGUAACAAUCGAAAAGGAGAGUAUUGCUCUACAGUUAAAUAAUUUUGGGCACGAACUAAAACAUGCUCCGGACUAUGACGCUUGUUUUUUCCUUGCCUAUUCGGGGAUUGCGAUGCGAGAUGCUCCGGUGAGACCGUGAGCGACAUUAGGAAAUCAUUUUUAAUGUUUUUUUUUUUUUAAUAGAAUGAUAAACUCGAAAACAAAGCAUUUGGGUCUACCGAAAGGUACAUACAACUAAAUUGUUCUAGAUGUCAUUGUUGGGUAACUACUUUAGCUAGGUAGCUAGUUUGCUUAAUGCACAAUGCAUAGUAUUUUGCUAACGUAAUGGAGGCACCGUGAGCGAAUUGUACAGUUUUAGCUAGUUAGCCAGGUAACGUUAGCUGGUCACUCAAUAUAUAGUUAGAACGUUAGCUAGCUUCCACAUCCACUGACGAACAAAAUACAGAAUACUAAAAACGGCUAUCUAUGCACUUCAUUAUCUAUCGUGGUUACCUAGCUAGCUAAAGAAGUAUAAGGUAGAUUGAGACUAGCUACUGUCGCAGGAGAAUACGUUACUUCUCGGUUAGGAUUUGUUUGUCACAGUCGUUUGACACACGGUGUGUUGCCUUUAGGUCUUGAUAAUUUGACAACUAUUUACAGUUGCUGGACAUUGGAUAUGGUCGAUUUAUCAAAGGUUUUCUGAAUUUCAGGCUAUAAAUAUUCCGAAUUGCAGGAACGCAUCACGUAUCAAACCAGUCAAGAAAUUAUAUAUUGAAAUAGUUGUGCAUGUGAGCACAAAUAGCUGUUUUGUCAACCAAUUACUUUUAACACUCAGAAUGCACUUUAUAUUGUCGUUGUUGUCAAAACAAAGUUGUAAACAUUCUCGAUGAAAGUACUUAUUUUACAAAUUGUUAGCUAUUUUAGGAACGAAGACCAGCAUUCAAAGGCUAGACUGAAAUCAACCUUGUGUCAAGUGCAGAGUUCUCGAAUCCCGUCAAAUUGCUAGAUCAAUUGCCAACACUACCUUCCUGGAAAUGAAAAUAUGAAUAUCGAGGAGCAAGCUCUAGAUUUGUGCAAUGUCAAAAUGAAGAGUAAUGUCGAUGACAAUACUACCAAUAACUCGGAAGAGAUCAUACCCCGGAUUUCGGAACUGAUGGAUGGAGACUUGUGCAAACAAGGCAUUGGCACCGAGGUCGCCCACACGUCCUCUCUAGCCAGGCUCACUGACAACCUGCGGGGGGAGGACAACCACCGGUCAAAAGAGACACUAGAAAUCGACGAAGUGAACGGGAAUAAGAACAACAGUGUCCCAAAUACCCCUGCAAUUGUCAGUUCUGACUUUGCCAUUUCUAAUGACGACCAAGAGGAGAGUAUCAAGGAUACAACACCAUCGGCCCUCGUGUUUGCUAUUGAGGAAGGGGAUGAUGGUGGGGAUAUGGACAUUAGUGUGGAUUUGAGCCUGGAUGAAAGUGGCAUGUUGGAGUCAGAACCUACGGACCAGGGACCAUCCCUAGCAGAGGAGACAUUCUCAAGCGGUACCAAUCGAGAUUCAUCUACCCCAGAUGUUGUCACGGACAAGGAACCUGAUAAACCCUCAGAACAGGAGGACUCGCCACCUGUCAUUGCCACAGGAGAGGCCCUCUCUCCAGCCCUGGAUGAGGGGGAUGAUAAACACAAAAAUGGCAAGAGGGUGACUUUUCCUUCAGAUGAGGAUAUUGUCUCUGGAGCAGUGGAGCCCAAGGACCCUUGGAGACAUGCCCAGAAUGUGACGGUGGAUGAGAUUCUCGCUGCCUACAGACAGGCCUGCGUGAAACUCAACUGUAAACUCAUCCCCAAAGUGCUCAAACAGAUGCAGGAGCUGAAAGACCUAACUCAUCGAAACGAAUGCCUGGACCUUAAAGGUGAGAAGCUGGACUAUAAGGCGUGUGAGUCCCUGGAGGAGGUGUUCAAGAGGGUCCAGUUUAAAGUGGUGGACCUGGAGCAGACCAGCCUGGAUGAAGAUGGUGCAUCAGCUCUCUUUGACAUGAUUGAGUACUAUGAGUCGGCCACACACCUCAACAUUUCCUUCAACAAGCACAUCGGCACCCGCGGCUGGCAGGCCGCAGCCCACAUGAUGAGGAAGACGAGCUCUCUGCAGUACCUUGACGCCCGCAACACACCCCUGCUGGACCACUCUGCCCCGUUUGUGGCACGGGCUCUCCGCAUCAGCGGCAGUCUUGCUGUGCUGCACCUGGAGAAUGCUGGGCUCUCUGGACGACCACUCAUGCUGCUGGCCACGGCUCUGAAGAUGAACAUGAACCUACGGGAGCUGUACUUGGCUGAUAACAAGCUGAACGGCCUGCAGGACUCUGCACAGCUGGGCAACCUGCUCAAGUUCAACUGCAACAUCCAGAUACUGGACCUCCGCAACAACCACAUACUGGACUCUGGUCUGGCCUAUGUCUGUGAAGGCCUGAAGGAACAGAGGAAAGGCCUGGUCACUCUGGUGCUCUGGAACAACCAGCUAACGCACAAUGGCAUGGGCUACCUCGCAGCUGCACUGCCCUGUACCCAGAGUUUGGAGACCCUAAAUCUGGGCCAUAACUCUGUGGGGAACGAGGGGGUCCACAAGCUGAAGGACGGGCUGAUCUCCAACCGCUCGGUGCUCAGGCUGGGCCUGGCAUCCACCAAGCUGUCCUGCGAGGGUGCCGUGGCAGUGGCAGAGUUCAUCGCCGAGAGCCCCCGGCUGCUGCGUCUGGACCUGAGGGAGAAUGAGAUCAAGACGGGGGGCCUCAUGGCCCUCUCCCUGGCCCUCAAAGUCAACACCUCCCUCCUACGCCUCGACCUGGACCGAGAGCCCAAGAAAGAGACUGUGAAGAGUUUCAUCGAUACGCAGCGUUCCCUGCUGGCUGAAAUCCAGAACGGCUGUAAGCGGAACUUCAUCCUAGCCAAGGAGAAGGAGACCGAGCAGCAGAUGCAUUCAGCCUCAAUGGCCGAGAUAGCAACCGAGGACAGAACUGAAGAGGAGGAUGGAGCUGAUUCUGGCGAGCAUGUUGAAAAAGAUGGGAAAGAUGGUGAGUGUGAGGGAGGAGAGGAAGGAGUAAAAGACACUGCGAGCCUGACUAACAGCCAAUCGGCAGUGUGCUCUGAGGGAAUAGUGUUGCCUUUGCUGUUGGAGUCAGACUCUGACACAGACGAUGAUGAGGAGGAAGAGGUGGUUCUCUCUAAAGCGCCCACCGUCUCCACUGUCCCCAAACACACUGGCCCUUCACUCCGGGCAGCGACAAACCAGCACCCCCUCAGUGCCUCACAGAUGCCAACCGCUCCCUCUACACCACCAGCUACGGGGGCUUUCAUUUCAGGGAUCACCGUCACGGAGUCCACGGGCCCCCCCGGUACGCCCCCUUCGCCGGGCCGCUGUAUCUCUGUGUCGAGCCCCGGGAGGGGCCACAAGAUCUUUAUGGUGACCAGAGUAGAGAGCCCCUCUGACCAGCAGCAGGUUCUGGGGAAGCCCCAGGCCUCAAAGGAGCCAGUGGUGUCAUUAGUGAAGCAAACCACACAUCGACCACAGCCCCCUUCACAACCCUCACAGGAGGAGGUGAGAACAGAACAGACACAACCCCAGACCACACCACUGACACAGGAGGUGACACAGAGCCUGACAGAACAGACACAACCCCAGACCAUGCCCACGCCACUGACACAGGAAGUGACACAGAGCUUGACAGAACAGACACAACCCCAGCCCACGCCACUGACACAGGUGACACAGAGCCUGACAGAACAGACACAACCCCAGACCAUGCCCACGCCACUUGCACAGGAGGUGACACAGAGCCUGACAGAACAGACACAACCCCAGACCACGCCACUGACACAGGUGACACAGAGCCUGACAGAACAGACACAACCCCAGACCAUGCCCACGCCACUUACACAGGAGGUGACACAGAGCCUGACAGAACAGACACAACCCCAGACCAUGCCCACGCCACUUACACAGGAGGUGACACAGAGCCUGACAGAACAGACACAACCCCAGACCACGCCACUGACACAGGUGACACAGAGCCUGACAGAACAGACACAACCCCAGCCCACGCCACUGACACAGGUGACACAGAGCCUGACAGAACAGACACAACCCCAGACCACGCCACUGACACAGGUGACACAGAGCCUGACAGAACAGACACAACCCCAGACCAUGCCCACGCCACUUACACAGGAGGUGACACAGAGCCUGACAGAACAGACACAACCCCAGACCACGCCCACGACACAGGAGCUGGUCCAAAGUUUAGAUGAAUCACAGACAAUAGAUCCUAAACAGACUGAGCAGAGUCCUGUUGCGCCAGAGGAACCUUCUUCAGAGGAGGCCGUAGUAGAGACUCCUAAUGACCCAUCUGAGACGCUAGAACUACCAUCCAACCUCCUAACCCAACCCACAGAGGAGGAAGUUGAGGGCGUUCUAGACCGUUCGCAACCUGUACUGGCGGAGCAGAGCCCAGGAACAGCAGCUCAGCCGUCACACACACCGUCCCUUCCUACAGAAGAUGUAGCCACUCAAUCACUAGCAUCACCCCAACAGACAGAGCAGAUGGUAGAGACAACUACAGAGCCCCGGCUAGAACAGUCUGCUGUUGAACAGCAGUCCACUGAAGCUGUGUUGGAAGGAGAGGAGGUUGUGGUAGAAAAGGAGGCGAGUCAGGACCCAGUAGAAGAGACAUUUUGUGAACAGUCUCAAACCAACACAGAGGAAGUUGAGAUGCAGUCAGAACGGCUUCCACAGCAGGAACAGGCUAGCGACACAGUUCAGCAACCGUUAGUGCCUCAGCUAGCGAUGCAGACUAACACUAAGCCCCUGGGGGGUCUGCUUCUAACAGCACCACUCAAGUCACAGCCUGAAACAGUGCAGCCAGACUCUGAGCUUCUGCCCCCAGAACAGGAACCGGCAGAGACACUUCCACAGGCACACCAACAGGUGGUGCCAGAGAGUCCCUCUGAGCAGGGAGCCACAGAGAGUGAAGCAGAACAGGAACUAUAUCUGUCAGAGGAGGAGCAGCAGCAACUAGCACAACAGGCAAUUCCUGUGCAGGUGGAGCAGCAGCAACAACAACGUCCUGUUCUAGAGCAACUACAGCAGCAGCCUCCCCAACCAGAGGGACAAUCACAGACCACCCUUCCCGCCGAGCCCUCACCUGUCCCAGCCGAGACAGACACUUCUCUGAAAGUGGAGGGCCGUAGCUCCCCUCCCAAGGCAGAGGAGUCCCCAGACGAGAGCUCCACAGACGAGGGGGAGAGCGUGGAGGAGAUGAUGGGCUCGGCCCUGCCCAACGGCCUGAAGCCAGAGUUCGCCCUUCACCUGCUGGAUACCGAGGGCCCCAAGCCUGGGCCUGGCAGCUGUGUGAUGGAGCACGUGAGUGUUACAGCAGAGCUGUGCUGUGGUCAGGAUCUGGAGGAGCUGUUGCUGGAGGCCAGCCUGGAGACUGGGAGAGACGCACCAUAGCCCUGUCAUGUGGUUCUGUAGGAGAGAGGAACACGGGAACUCGUAUCGUCUGUGUCUCGGUGACUCUUGUUGCUCCUACAAUUUUUUUUUUCUCCCGUUGUCAUAAUCCCACAACUCACCAUCGCCAUGACAACAGAGGACUAGUUGUCAUCUAAGUAAUACACCUAAAAAAAAAAAUAUUUAAAAAAAAGACGACAAUAAUCAUUGAGCUUCAUCACAGCACGUAAUGAAUUAACUACGUCUUCAACCGAAGUGCGCGCACACACACAUUUUAAAGAAAGUAAUAAAAAAACAAGAAGAAAGUCAUACUAACCUUUUGCCUGUCACUAUAUUCCGUCAAUCAGGAAACCACACUCAUGCAGGUAACAGGGAGCUGGGGGGAGGGUGUGAGAAAGAGGUAGAGAGGGAAGGAGGGGCUUAAUCACUGCUCUACCCCAAGACACAGGACACACUGCUCACCCCCUGCUCCACCCCGACCUGUGUUAUCGAUAGUGUCGUGAGCGUGCACACUGACACAAAACCUUACUGUUACCCUCUGCUGGAGGAGAGAGAAUGUGCACAGCUGUGUGUGACAGUGUGGGACCAAGCCAAGAGGACCUGCUGGCUUUUUAGUGUGUCAUUCUCUGACAAUGACAGUUGGGCACAGAGGGUUUUAUAACCAAGGAAGGUGUGACAGGAGAAGGCAUUUGUUUUGUGCGUAUUUGUUUUGUUAGUUUUAUUUGCCCCCACCACCACCACCACCACCUCGUAAGGGAUCUCUGCCAAAGUGACCGUUUUCUUUUCUGUUCCUUCCGUUGGCUUUGGCCCCCUCAGGAAUCGUCCCCUCUAGUCUCUCUCCAGCAACGCUCUGGAACAUCCAAACCAUCUGUCAUCUGCCAAAAACAGUGUCUCAAUCAAAAUUUAUUUUGGGAUCAGAUGGCAGAAUUAGUCUAAUCUAAAGCCUUCUGGAAACCUCUGUAAAUGUUGGAUAACAAAAUGUCUGCCUUGAUGGAGUAAUGCCAUUCAUUACAGAGUAAGUCUACUCUUCUUUUUUUCCUCCACCGGACAGUUAUCACGGACAUUCUUUUCCAGGCAGAUUUUCAUGUUUUUCCGACCAGAGUGAUUAAAUGUAGUGCGACACUCAAUAGGAGUAUAAAGAAAAAGUAGUUCUGACUUUGUCUUUCGUGUCCUCCCUUCUUUCUUUCAGUCUUCUGCUGGUACAACACUGUGCCAUCUCAUUUCCCAGCUCUACGCAGGAUUAAUGUUGCCUUCGACUCGACUAGGUUUAAAUCUCAUCUCCUUUUGUUUUGCUGCUUGGAGAAAUCAGUCGUUUGUAUUUAUUUUCUGAGCCUUUUACUUUGUGAUUUAUUGUUCUCCCCUUCUCUCCCUCUUUUUAUUUGUUAUUUUCCAUGGGGUUUGCUUUUAAAGAUUUCCCCCCUUUUGGUGUAUAUUUCAGAUUCAAAUUAGAGCAAUUAUUACGUUGAGGUUUUUUUGAGGGGGGGGGGGGAUAAUUGAGACUGCUGGGUGGAGGGAUCAACGGUUAUGGCAAUAGGGAGGGAGAGUGCAGUUAUGAAAAUAAACUAAAAGGACGUUUUCUUAAAGAGGGGCAGUGUGAGUGGUGGUUGACAUCACUCUGACAACACACUGACUGAGAGACUCCCUGUUUUGAGACAUCACAUCUUAAAUACUACUGUGCUAGGUUAAGCUAUGGCCACCUGGGGGCGCUGGGGCUGCUGGUGGUUUCCUUUCUAGAUAUAGAUAUACUGUAUUACCCAACAGCCGUUACUGCUUAAGACAUUUGUAGGCAUGGAGGACAUUGAUUUGAACACAAACAGGUGGGUGGAAGUUUGAGUGGACAUCCCAACAACACUGAGAACAUGUGAGCCCUGAAUGCCCAACACUGUGAACCUAUGGGCCAGCUACUAAGGGCCCUAUUCAACUUGUAUCCAAAAGAUUCCCGUGUAAGGUAAAAACUUGCUUUCUUACAGUGCAAGAAGAAUGCAAGUUUGACUCAACCGCGGAAUCCUCUGGAUAUAGGUUUUGGUUGAGUAGAGCCCCUUGUUUCAAUCCCUCUGUUCUUUCACCCCCGGUCAACCAGGUUGUUUUUCAACCCAAAUCCUCAUUGCUGUGCUGCCCUCACUAUUUGUAAUGCUUACCUUUUUUUUUUUUGUCAUUUUUAAUUAUUUGUUAAAUUAAUUGAAAUGUGCUGGUAAUCACAAAGAUAUGUAUGGCAACUUUUUUGUUCCUCUCUAAAAUAAAUGCAUGUAAUGACUAAUGAA